CACUGUUCCACUGUGUGAUGGUGGCUUUCUUAUCCUGUUGCACUCUUCACACUUCCUCACAUUUGAUGAUACUGAGUCCAUCUCAGCUGAGGUGCUGCAAGGCCUCUUUGUGUUUCCUCACUCAAGAGUUGUAAGAAGAGACACAAAAUUUGAACGGCGGAAGUUUGCCAUGCCCUCUGAAAUACUCAGGCUUUUACCAGUGCUGAGCUACGCAGAGGGUGAAGUUGAGAAAACAUCCAUGAUCCCAAGCAAUGAUCUGAGUGAAGUGUUGGCACAACAUAUACAAAGUUAUGCUACACUAAUAAAUCCAUGUCUGACGACAAGUCCCUCAAUGCCUUCAAGAGAACUGAGCAUCUUUCCGGAUCAGUAUGAUGUUUCGGAAGCUCACCAGCAUCUCUAUUCAUCUCCCGAGUGGAGUAACAGGACAUGGCAGAGCAUUAAAUCAUACUUGAGCAAACCAGCUUCCUUUCAACUCCCAGUGUCAAAGGUUUCUGAAAUUUUGGCAGCUGAACAAGAGGAGCAAAGAGAAGACUUUAAUGAUGAUGUUUAUAUCUGUCUAUCAUCACCAGAGGAGGCACCAGCCAGCCCAGUUGGCAUGGAUUUAGAAAACCAGUUCUCAGACCAACGAUCUCUGUUAAAUGAUGAGACGUCUGUGCACACGUCAAAUGAUGAAUCUGAAGUUUCUCCAAUAUCUAUGCCUCAGAGUAUUGUGGUGGACAAUUUGCAAGCUGAAGUUGCAGUGAAAGACAAUCCAAACUGUACGAACAUUACUGAACUUAACCAAACUGAUGAUGCAAAAGCAAAAUGUCUCCUUACUCCUCAUACUUCAGACGAUCUUCCUGAAGAGCUCAUUGUCAGCAUAACCUCGGCAGAACAAAGAAUAACCAAUGAGACUCUAAGUAGUGUUGGUGUUAAAUCAACGGAGCACGGUGAUUUUCAGUUUUCUGGAUUUUCACCCAUCACUAAGCUGCAAGUAGCAGAAGAAAAGUCUGUCAGCGAUGAAACUGAUAAAACAAAAAAGUUGCUGCAUGCCUCUGUGGUCACCAAGCUCAUAGGAAGAAAACCAGGCAAACUGAGCAGAAAACUUUCCCAAGCACAGAAAAGGGUUUCUAAACCCUGUGCUGAGACUCAGGCAGUCAUAUCGGCUGUGGAGGUGGACAAUUUAAACUGCAACACAAAUGGGAAUACUAAAGAAGUGGACUUUCCUCAGUUGAAUAACUCUUUAAAAACUAGCUGGAGGAAAUUACAACGGCGUAAGCGCAGAUUUGGAAAGCUGUCCUCAAAAAAUAAAAAAGUGAGAUCUGGUACUGUUGGCUCAGCCAAAGCAGAAAAGAACAACCUGGAAAAUGGACAGCAGAGCUUGGAAAACACGAUUUUAAUGGAACUGGAGUCUUCUCAUUUAAGAAAGAAAACAGAGCGCUGGGACCUCAAGCCGGUUAUCAGUGAAUGUAGGAGAAUUUUGGUUCCUUUUGGUUCUGUUGAUAUUGCUGAUCAAGUUAGGACUCUGAAGGUUGAGUUGCAAUCUUCAAAAAAUGAGUGCCUUGAAAACAUUUCAACUGACGUCCCUGUGACUGCACCUGACACACUCGAAACAGAGGAAGAGUCUAGCAUUACGUCACUGACAGAAGUGAGUGAAACUGUGGCUACACAGUCUACAGACAGUGUGGAUAAUCUCCAAAGUAUUUCCCAUGUUACCUCUGAACAGAGCACUUUAGAACAGCCAGUCGAUGACGAUGAUUCAGUGCCUUCGACCCCCAACCUGAGUUCAUCAAAAAGCAAUGGCACAGUGUUGAAUGCUGUUCAAAGCAACCAAACUGAAACCCUGUCUCCAGUAAAACGUUUCGCAAAGGGAGAAUAUCUGAUGAGUCAGCUAAAAUCAGUUCUUUUAAGGCGAAAAAGAAAGCUAGAUAUUGACAACAAAGAAAAGGUUGAAAAUACAUGUCAAGAGGAUGAGCCUGGUCUCAAGAAGACGAACGUCGACUCAAACACUGAGACGUCAAAGUGUAAUAGCACACCUACUCCAAAUGCCAAAUCUAGUGUCAGCGAUGUUUCAAAGAUGCUGUCAGUUGACCCUGUUUUUGCCUAUUACUUAGGCCUGAGCCCUAAAGAGAGUCAGGAUAAGGGUCAGACAACUGAAGACCAGGACGCUCGGCAGUGUAAACACCGAACAGAGAAUGAGAAACCUGCCUCUUUAGACAAACAACCUCAAAUUAUGCAAAGGACUUUUUCAAUUUUCCCAAAGAGAAAAAACAGGAUGAAGACACUGAAGAUGCAUCAAGGCGUUUCUGCAGAAAACGUUAAAAAGAAAUGGUGGUUGCAUUUUCAAACUCCAGCUUCUUAUACCAGUGAAAAAGUCACAGACAAUGACUGUUCUAGGGAUCGUACUGUCAGGAAGACUGUUGAGGAAAAAAUGAAAAGUGCUUGCUCAUCUGCAGAUGCUUUGAACUUACUUGCUGACUUGGCUCUCAGUGUCAGUUAUGACCAGGUUCCUCCACAACCAAAUGAAGCACUUGACAAAAAUCCUAAAGAAAGUUUGAAGAAGAGUGACCUUGAAAGGGGUUUUUCCAGUGCUGAUCAAGAGUCAGUUCUUCAUGCUCUGCUUAAAACUCCUGCUGCUAAAGCCAUUCAGCCUCUCAAGUCUUCUUCAAGCCCUCCUUUGACAGAUAGUGAAUUGAUUGAUUUGAUGUCUAAAGAGCAUAAUUACUCACUGCCCCCAUCUUCCUGUUUGCUGUUGGAUUUGCCAGGUACAACCUUCCAGGUAUCACCUUUAAGUGGUACAACCGGACUGCUAAACCAUCACCAGACAGUGCAUGGAAAUGGAGUUAAAACACUACACCAGUCUGUCAUUCAUGAUGACACAAGUGAACACAGCAGGACUUCAGAAUACUUGCACAGGCACAAACAAAAGUUCAGACACUCUCGAACCUUUGUUAUCAAGGAUGGCUCUAUAGAGGUCACAAGAAAAUGGGACGAAAACUAUGACUUCAGUCUAGACAGCAGGUUUACAAGUGAUCCUAAGAACAGAGGAAUCAUCCGAGCUUUGCAUGGGCCAUGGGAUUGCCUCAUUCAAAACACCGCCGAAGUGAUGCAGCUCGUCUACCACAUGUGGAUAGGCUUAUUUUACAGCCGGUCAACAGCCAGAUUCUUCCAAAUUGACCCGCAUCAGUGUCUAGAAGAGAGCAAGCCUGUGGAAAAAGCCUCUGAAAUGGUAUCGGGUCCAGCGAGGCCUGAGAACAAUACCAGUUCAUCUGCAACUCUUUCAAGUGUAACAACCACUCCAGACUCCUUGGUUUCAGAAGCUUUGAAUCUCAGUACCAAGGAAAGCUCUCUUUCGAAACCAGAAUCUGAAGUUUUGGAUUUGUCGCUGAGAAACUCUGUUGUGAAACCCGUUUCUUCAGAGCUACCGCUACAAGUCAACAAAAAAGAGUCCAGUGAACAAAUGGAACCCCCUGAAACGCUGAAUGGUCAGAUGUCACCAGUAAAGGUUCAGGAGAAGGAAACAUUUAAGUCAUGCGAAAAGAUGAUGACAGAGAUUGUCAGUGAAGUUAUUGAUGUUAGCAACAUUAGUAAAAAUGGAGAGAUGGAAAUUACGCCGAAAGCUUUUUGCUCAGCCCACUCUGAAAUGUCAUCUUUAAAAGUUGAGGGGACAUGCUUUACUCAACAAGAAAAGAUGAAAAGUGUUUCUUUUGAGACUGACACUGUUCAAGUUUCACUUGGAACUGAGCAUGUGUUACACAAAUGCAACAAAGUCAACACUUAUGUGGAUGAUCACACCAAAAACCCGGAGACUACAGCGAAGACUUUUGAUCAAAGGGUUGAAGUUGAUUCUUUGACAUCUGAAACGGACAAAAAGGUAGACGGCAUCUUAGAAGAAAAUGGGUUGGUUCGUGUGGAUAAGCAUGAAGAACCUGAAGAAACCUGCAACAAGAUAAAUGAUGCAUGCCCAGAAGGAAAUGUAGAUCCUCGUCAUGAUGUGACACAUACUGAUGAUGACUCUGCUAACAAAGAAUCAGAUAUCAUCUGCGCUGAAGAUGAUUUAGUAAAUGGAAAGAUAUGGUCAAGGGUGGAAAGUAAAGAUGUCUCGCCAAUCCAAAAUGACAAUCUAAAUGGGAAAGUGGAUUGUUGUGAAAAACGUAAAGAGUUUAAGGAUAAUGAUUACUUGAGAGCCAGUGGAUUUGAUGAGAAAGAAAGCUGCAUUUCUACAACUGAAACUGACAGAGAUUUGGGAAAUCAGCCGACACCCGAGAUGUGUGAUGUUCCAAUGAAGGAGGUUUGCGUUUCAGAAAGUAUCCAAGCACAAAUGCAUGAGCAGCUACCUUUGGCAGAUAGCACAGAAGACAUUGGCUAUAAUUUGUGUGCAAAUCCAACUAAUUUAAAAGAUGGAAAUCCAAUUUUAAACAGUUGUUCCACUUCAACAGACAUUACAUGCAUUUCUAAAGACUCUUUGGCUGAGGAAAACUUUGAGAUGAACAAGGAAAUCUGUCUUAACCCAGCGUUACCCUUUUUUGAUGAAAGCACCUGCUUAUUGGAUGAAUCUUCCGUUCCCAAGGUAAAAAAUAGCAUUGAAACAGAGUACAAAACCAAAGAAUUGAACUUUAAUUUUCAUCUUUGUAAUAAUGAUCACAAAGAACAAGAAAUCAAGCUAGCUGAGAUAGAAGACAAUAUGGGCAAAACAACUCAAGAACCAAUUCAACUACAGUCACUGUCUCCAUCCACAUGUCCAGUUGUCAACAUGUGUGAGCUAGACAAGUCAUUAACUGAAAAAAUGGGUUCCACCGCAAAUGAAACAAUUAGUGAAAUGGAUAAAAAAUUUGACGGGAUUGCAAUUCCAGUUUUCGAAACAAACCCACAUGGAAUCCACGUGGUACAAUCACAAGACGAGGUAGAGAAGGCUGUUCCAUGCCAGGAAGCAAUACCAUUUCUUAAUGAAACUCCUGGCCCUGUUCAUGAGUUUCCCAUUGAAGUGUGUAGCCCAUCUCAAAUUUGUGAUGAAAAUGCAGAAUUGUUGUCUAACAAAAUGCCAAUUCUUCAUGCAAGCAAAACCCACAAAUCUGAAGUAUUACAAUAUGUGCUUGACAGCAGGUCCCCUACCCCAACCAUGGAUGAAAAACCAUAUGAGGAUGUAUCAUCUUCAAGUCUUGGCAGUAGUAGUUUUGCUAAUGAAAUCUGCCCAAACAUCUCUGAAAAAUGUUCUAGCAGAAGCUCAACGCCUGUUACGGAAGAGCUGCCUUUGAAACAGAAAGGUCAAACUUCCACAGCCAACACUGAUCCUAAUCGUCUUCAUAACCUUGGUCCUGAUGUCAAACUCAGAACUCUCAGAGUUCUUCAAAGUAUAGACGAAUAUCUUUCUGCAGCAUACCACGACAAGGCUGACAAAAAAACAUCUCCUGAUCCCCCAAAAAUCUCCAGCCAGAAAUCAGCCCUCACAUGCUUGGGCCCAAGCCAUAUUUCAGUUGACGUUACGAAUGAAAGAACAUGUUGUGAAAAGCCACCAGAGAUAUCAAAUACAAGCUCACAAGACCUGGCCCCAAAACCAACAGAUGACACUCUUGCUUCACCUUUCAAAAAUAACUUAAAGGAAGUACUUCAUGUAAAAUUGCAGCCAAGGAACAAAAAAUCAUCAAUUCAUUCACACCAGUUCAAAAGUUCCAACAGACACCAUCCCUCCGUAGUGUCAGACAUGCAGUCCUCCAGAUCUUGUGCCUCUUCUGUAGGUUUGCGAGGUAAGCAUAAACCAACUUUACAGUCCAGUUUAAAACAUGACUCUUGUUCAAAAGCUCAGCGUCCUGUCAUGGCCGUGAAACCAUCAAAGAAUGAGGAAAGUCGGGCCCAUUGGUUCACAGAAGACACUGAUGUUGAAACUACCUCCCACAAUAAACGAGCUAUUGCUCAUACUAUCAAAAACUCAGUGAAAAACCUUGUACCUUCAAAGAAUACAACAAAAGGAAAUUUUAAAAGACUGAAACAUAACAAUACUCGUGAACUUUCUUCCAAAACCCCUUUGUUGAAAGUUACCCUGAAUAUGUGGAUGGAUGCCAAGGGUCAUUGA